CUAUUUUGACCAUUCCCUUCUUUUUUUCUUUUUUUUUUUCCAUUUAUUUAAAUAAGCAAGGCUUGAUACGAUUAGAAAACGUUUCAGCUUCAGCUGAGAAGAUCGAACGAACUAUUCAAUCCUACAUCAACAAGUUCCCAAAGUUGUUCAAUUUUUUUAUUCUGGUAUGAGUGAAGGGCAGCACAAUAAUGCAAGUGCAAGCUCCAGCUCGAGUUUGAAUAGCAGUUUCCAAGAUACAGAGGAUGACCAAGCCAUAGCAAGCAUCUUAGCAGAAGAGGAAAACUUGCACUACAAUGCCAAGCUUGGAAAACGACUCUCUCAUCUGGAUUCCAUUCCGCACACUCCUCGUGUCAAUGGGGAAAUACCUGAUGUGAAUGAUGCAACCUUAGAUCAUGAGCGACUGUCUGAAAGGUUGGCUACUUAUGGUUUAGCUGAAUUGCAAAUGGAGGGUGAUGGAAAUUGCCAGUUUCGAGCAUUAGCAGAUCAGCUGUUCCGGAAUCCAGACUACCACAAACAUGUUAGGAGGCAGAUUGUCAAGCAGCUAAAGCAUUCCAAAAAGUUGUAUGAAGGCUAUGUUCCAAUGAAGUACAAAGGCUACCUGAAGAAGAUGAAAAAAUCCGGGGAAUGGGGAGAUCAUGUCACUCUACAAGCAGCUGCUGACCGACUGCUUCAUUGGGUUUCUAUGUAUCAACUGCAGUUCGGAGCCAAAAUUUGUCUUGUCACCUCUUUUCGUGACACUUGCUACAUCGAGAUCAUGCCCAAACAAGCAAGUCCUACUAGAGAAAUUUGGCUGAGCUUCUGGAGUGAAGUACAUUACAAUUCAUUGUAUGCAAGUGGAGAUGUUCCUACCAGAGCACCAAGAAGAAAGCAUUGGCUUUUUUAGGAUUGAUAUAAUAUGACACAUUCCCAGUUUAUUAUAUCUAUUAUAUGUAUAUUUUUACUCACCUUUAUGUGCCAUUCAGAAAUAGUUUGCUAUUACAAAACUUAUUAGCUAUUUGAUCAUUUAACUUUAUUUUGUAUACAAAUAAUUAACAUUCAGAAAACAUAGAAAGUAUUGACUGUGCAGCCACUUGUACAUUUGCAUAA